AAAGGGGCUAAAAAGAAGGGAACAACCGUGGUGAAGACAAAGGUAGCGACCACCGCAAAGGGGAGGAUGAAGAAGCGUGCGACGGUGGCCAAGCCAAAAGGAGCGGCUAUUGCAAAGGGUGGCAAAAAGAAAGGAAAAACAGUAGCUAAGACCAAGAAACUGACGGUCGCAAAAGGAGCAAAGAAGAAGGGUCAAACAGUGGUCAAGUCCAAGAAAGUGAACGUCGCAAAAGGAGCAAAGAAGAAGGGCCAAACAGUGGUCAAGCCCAAGAAAGUGACCGUCGCAAAAGGAGCAAAAAAGAAGGGUCAAACAGUGGUCAAGUCAAAGAAAGUGAGCGUCGCAAAAGGAGCAAAGAAGAAGGGCCAAACAGUGGUCAAGUCCAAGAAAGUGACCGUUGCAAAAGGAGCAAAUAAGAAGGGCCAAACAGUGGUCAAGCCAAAGAAAGAGAGCGUCGCAAAAGGAGCAAAAAAGAAGGGCCAAACAGUGGUCCAGUCCAAGGGAGUGGCCGUCGACAAGGGGACUAAAAAGAAAGGGACUAAACAGAAGGAGACGACAGAUGUUGAGACCAAGAAAGCCGGUGGCGUAAAGGAAACUAAAGGCAAAAAGAAGAGGGUGCCCAAACAUCCCAACAGCAAGCUGACUCCGAAUCUAGAGAUCCAAGUAGUUGAAAAGGAUCCUAUGUUUGAAGUCAAGACUGAGACAGAGAUUCCGAAAGUCUCGGACUAUGUGGACUGUAAACGGGCCAUUCGAGCCGUCUUGACUAAGGACAGCGCCCUCCUGAAGAAACUGAUCAAUAACACCAAUGAGAUACCCUCGUUGUUUGUUCCGAGAAGCGUGUGUCUGCAAGAUGACGCCCUGGACUACGCAGUCAAGACGGAGAAUCUCGAUGCUAUGAAACUGCUCUACGAAGAAUACGUUUCCGGUAAUCGGCGUCGGAAAUCCAUGUCGCAAGCCCUUAUGCAACAGCAGGGAACAGGCAGUUAUAAUUACCGAUCAUUGGGACAUGCUGUACAGGAAAUCAACAUUGGCAGGAAAUGCAGAGAGGGCAACAACGCGUUCACUAAGGAUAUUAAUUUUUAUCAGAACCCGUACUCCAACGAGCACGAACGUCUGGGAAAGUUCCUAACCAUUGGACUGUCGCCACAGAUGCUUAACCAGCUUGUGUUUCUUUUCGGAACAGAGAGACACAGAAUGUCUGACUUCGCAGGGAACAUUUAUCAAGCUGUGAGGGCAGGUCACCAUCGGCUGGCUGGAGAGUUGAUAAAGAAAACAAAUGUUGGCGGAGGAUAUGGCUUCAACAAGCUCCACGAAGAAGUUCUGCUGGUCAGUAAACCGGAAAAGCUGACUCCAUUCCGAAGUGUGUCAGUGCUCAAGAAACCCCACGGAAAUGACAAGAUUACCCCUCUGCACUGUGCGGCCAUCAACCCCAACCCUAAGAUCCUGGCAAAGCUCCUAUCCAUCGUGCCCAAUUACUUCGAACCUGACGAUAUUGGGUUUUUGCCGAUUCACUACGCCGCAGCCUGUGAGGGAAGUGGUCCUCUAGAAUUGCUGCUGAAAAAAGGUGCGAAAGCUGACGAAUUCCAGACGAAGACGAUGGUGACCCCACUCAUGAUAGCUGCGAAGUAUGGUCGAGCCCAAAACAUCGAAACACUGAUCAAGAAUAUAAAGUCCGGUGCUGCCUCCUCUGAGGAAAACCCAGAAAAGAUGGCGGUGGGACAUAAGACCAAAAAAGGCCACUUUGCAAUUCACUAUGCAGCAGAAGGAGGGCACGUGGAUUGUGUUCAGAGCUUGGUCAAGCAUGGAGCUGCAGUUGAAUCAAUGGAGUCGGCUCUCAACAACAAGAUCACACCGCUCAUGAUUGCCGCCGAGAGGGGCUACUUCCGGCUGGCAAAGGUCCUCAUUGAGGAACUAGGAGCAGUAAUCGAGAAAAGAGAUAAGAUCAAGCGUACAUCGCUGAUGCUCGCCUGCAUGAACGGCCACUAUCCAGUAGCUACUCUACUCCUAAGGAAAGGAGCUGACCCUAACGCCAAGGACUCGUCAGGAAACACUGCCGUUCACUAUGCUGCUGCUUAUGGCUGGUGGCAUUGCCUCAAACUACUGCUCAAAGCUGGCGGGGACCCCAACAUCCUCACCGACUGGAAGGUUCCCCCACUAGGUCUAGCCUACCUGAAGGGCCACUUUGGGUGCGUUGACCUUCUACUUAAGGAGCCGGGCGUGGAUGUUAACUUCAGAGAUGAAAAUGGUGCCACCCUGCUGCUGAUAACUUGUGCCCAAUCCAUGAGUGAAACCACAACGGAACAGUUGGAAUAUCUGAUUAAGGCAGGAGCCGACGUACAGGCAGUAGACAUAAAUGGCAGAAAUGCACUCCACUUCAUUGCGAUUCUCAACCAGCAGUCUAACCGCUGGAGCUCGCCUGACCCUCUCCGAUUAACGCUUGAAGUUGUUGCACUGUUAAUUGACAAAGGCUGCGACCCUGCACACAGAGACAAGGAGGGGAAAACGCCUCUGUCCAUUGCCUUGCAAAAUGGUCACUUUGAAUACGUGUGGGAGUUUCUGGUUAAGGCUGCUGUUGUGCCAUUAGAUGCAGACCUGUCUGGUGACAACCCGUUACACUACAUAGCCAAGAACUGUAGCCAAUCGCGGGCUUCUAUCAUCCAGCUACUUGCGAGCGUGGCAAAGGCUGUGAAAUUGGACGAAGCCUGCAAGAUGAAAGACCGACAAGGAUGCACACCGUUCCUCAGAUGCAUCGUAGAUAACAGAGGCCGCUCCUCAUCUGAAGAUGUGACUGCCAUAUUUGCGGCACUGGCUGAAAUAUCAGACAUCGAUGCUCGUGUUGAUCGUGGUUCUGAUACUGCUCCGCAUGAUUUCGCGGGCUCCUGUGCUCUUCACUUCCUUGCUACUAAAGCGCCGAGUGAUAUCUGGUCCAAGAUCAUUGGAAUGAAACCCGCACUGGAUGUAUUAAAUGCUGAUGGCAAAACACCGCUGAUAAUGGCCAUAGACGCAAAACAAACCCAAAAUGUUCACACACUGUUGUCGGAGGGAGCAGACCCGAAUGCUUCGGACGAGUUUCAACAUUUUGCCCUCUUGCGGGCUAUUUGCAAUGAACUACCAGAUAUCAUUCCAGAUCUCAUCGCUAAAGGGGCAAACAUCCAUGGCUCGUUGUUCAAGAACAAACAACCAGGCAUCAUGCAUUACAUCCCUGCCUAUAUCAAGAAUCUUGACGCCAAGCUCCGUACAGCCAAAGAGCUAGUUGCGGCCGGAGCUUCUCUGUCCGCCGUUGACGAUGAGAACAGGACGGUCUUGCACAACGCAGUCAACGCGAUUGAAUCACACGUGACCACGGAGUUUCUGGAGUUCCUUCUGGACCACAAGUUGGAUGUCUUUGCUGUGGAUAACUUCGGCAGGUUGCCGGUCCAUUACGCAAUUUACAAAUACAACCCAUUUGGUGAGAAUAGCCCGCUCCGUGGUGGUCAGUUUAACAACGAGUCUCAUCUGGAUCCCAUUGAGACCUUGUCAUUGCUUGAUUCCGCUAUGGAUGGUAAAAAACUAAAUGUUAAGGACAAGUAUGGCCGCACACCGAUGCAUUAUGCCGCCUAUAGAGGUGCCAUGAUCUCGGCUAUGCACAUCGCUGAGAUGGUUGAUGAUAUUGAUGUAGUGGAUCAGGAUGGACACACCCCGCUAUCCUGGGCCAUUCUUAACAGACAAGGAAGCGUUGUGAUAUGGUUGAUCCAACGAGGCGCCAACAUCAAUCGGGAAGUGAAGCUGGUUGGUUUGGAAAGCAGUGCCGAAGAUAAGCGUUUGGAGCCUGCCCAAUCAACAGAUGAACCCCAGUACUGGAAAUGGGAGACUCUAGAAACCCCUGACGCCCCCGAUCCGCGGGCACAGACCUCAAUCUUCCAGGCGGUGGUGUAUGAGGAAUGGCAGGGAGCUGUGUAUGUUAUGAUGGAUCGCAUCGCCAAAUGUGCCAUCUCCUACGCAGAUGCCAUCGGGGCUGUUCUGGCACAACAGAAGUUCCAACUGGCUAAUGAACUGAUUCGUAAAAUGCGUAAUCCGCUCACUCUACAGACAACGAACGACAAGGGUCAGAACCUUCUGCAUCUUCUGGCUAUCCAUUCAGUGAAAGAAAGCCACCGUCAGCGGCAGAUUGCCACAACCCUACUCCACAAUGGCGUCAAACUAUUCGUAACAGACUACAAGGGGUGCACGCCAUUGCACUAUGCUGCAGUCAACAUGAACGUCGUGGUUUGCAGUGUCUUCGCGGAGAAAGAUCCAAUCGGAUUCAAGAGUUGUAUCACGUGUGCUGACCACAGAGGCAGGGUACCAGUGGCCUCGCUGUUCUGGAGCUUGUCGUACAACAGUACCAAAGACAUUAUUGAACUGAUACGACAACAUAACGGAAGCUUUGAUGUGUGCACAGCCUUCCCCAACGUUAGCCUGCUCAUUAGAAAGCGACUAACACGCUCAGAAUCCCUGCAGGAUUGGUACCACAAUCUACCAGACGAGAAGACGAUUGACGUAACACCGCUGAUCCUCAUGAUUCUCAUGAAUAACUUUGCUGGUUGUCAACUGCUGGUGAAGAAUGGUGCCAAUCCCAAUGCGACAGAUAGGAAUGGGGUCACACCACUCAUGCAUGCUGUCUUGCAGAAUGAAAUUGCCGUUGUGAGUGUUCUUGUGGAUAAGAACUAUGCGGAACCCCUGACAAGUCGCUCUGUGAAGCAGGUGUCACCAUGGAUAACAAAUAUCUGGAAGCUGAAAAAGUCUGGCUCCUAUUCCCGCGAAGCUACAUAUGCUGUUGAUGAAGGCUACGAAGCGGACAGCAGUCCAAACCUCAGUCAGUUUCCGAAGUGUGAAAAGACCAGCAGCAUCAACUUAGACGCUGUUGACUCGCAGGGCCGGACUGCAGUUCACUACCUGAUGAAGACCUGUGAUUAUGGCACCUACGAGAACGUAGAGAUGUUAAAGUUGUUAGCACGAGUUGGUGCCAAGUUGUCUGAGCGAGAUCAUCAAGGCAAGACGCCGCUGGACUACUCGAUGGAGACUGGUUCACAAAAGAUGGCCGCUGCUCUACAGAAACUGACAGGGGUUGAUCCACAGAAACAGGUUGUUCCUAAGCUUGUAAACUCUGAGUGGUUGGAUGGUAUUGACUUUCACUUCCCUAAACCCGAUGUUGACAAUGACGCCAAGGCUAUGGUUGAAGUUCUGGAAGAAGAGCGUAGCAAGACAAGACAAGCAGAUGACAUGAAACCCGUUGUUGAUACACACUCAGAUAUGGCUGAUUCAGGGGUUGUACUUAUGGACGAGGAGCAAGGUAUCGGUUAUGACUUAAUCAUGACAAAAGUUGAAGUGCAGUACGGUACAGAAGGCUUGAACAACUUCUACAAAAUGCAGUUGAUCCAUCAGUUGGGUAAGGACAUGAUUGUGUUGUUCACCCGUUGGGGCCGUAUUGGCGAUGAUGGCAAAUUCCAAAAGACACCGUUCGGCACUAAGGAAGAAGCCAUCGUCGAAUUCAAGAAGAUAUUCAAGGCAAAGAGUGGAAAUGACUGGGCAAAUGUCAAAAACUUUCAGAAGAAGCCCAAGAAGUACAUGCUGGUUGAAGUAGACCCAUGGAGGGCGAAAAGGAACGAAGCAAUCAAGGAAUUCGAGUUUGAUUUGGAGUCACCAGUGCCAUCCAAACUAUCCCAAGAUGUACAGCAUCUUUUGCUUAAGAUGACGAAGCCUCAGGCUCUGAGAAUGGCUCUUGGGGAAACAGGGGUAGACGCUUCCAUCAUGAAUUUCAGCCACCUGUCGAGAGACGUGCUGCAAAAAGCCAUUGACAUCUUGGACAAACUCAGUGAGGCGAUCAAAGAGGGUGAGAAAAUCGAGCCAGAUGGCUUCCAGGCGUCUUUGGAGAAACUGUGUGAACUGAGCAACGAAUACUUCUAUAUAAUUCCUCACGAGAACUUUGCCCAUGACGUCAUGGAGCCCAUCUGGUUCACUGCCGACGUUGAGGAUCACAAAAAGAAACUCUCCAGUCUGUUGGAACUAGAAAUGGCCAACAGAAUCCUCUUGGGGGCGACAUACAGAAAACAAGAGAUAAAUCCUCUGGACUACAUUUACCGCUUCUUGGACUGCAAAAUAAAACUCAUGGAUAAAGAUGACGAAGAGACACAGCAUAUACUGCAGUAUAUCCACCAGUCAAGUGACGGCAAUCCUCCAAAAGUGAAGGCUAUCUAUCGACUGUCACGUGACGGGGAAGAGGAGCUACUGAAAGCAUGUGACUUGGACAAUCACAAACUGCUAUGGCAUGGAAGCAGCGUUCUCAACCUACUUAGCAUCCUGAAGAAAGGUUUGCAGAUUAACCCUGCAGAGGCCCAGCGAUCGGGGAAAAGCUUUGGAGAGGGUGUCUACACAUCGGACGCGUUUGCCAAGAGUGUUACAUAUUGCAGGCAAUGGGAACAACAACAACCUUCCCACUUUAUGCUGUUGUGUGAGGUUGCCCUUGGCGACAGUCGAAACAGCAGAUACGUCGAAGGUCGAACCAAGACAAACGGCAAGCGUAAGCUGUAUCUCCCUUCAGGUGUAUCGUUACCUCUUGGUACACUCUAUACAGAGGGGCAACAUUGGCGCUUUGAAAGCGACUACAAUGAGUAUGUGGCGUACACAGAGGAACAAGUGUGCCUCCGCUACCUCGUUCAUGUGGUCUAAGUGAAGUCGGUGGAAGUUCACAUUAAAACGCAGUAUUGAUUUUACUCAUGGAAGAUGGGAUUUUAAUUGUCUUUGUGAUUUGCCUCUUUCACAAAUUGUCACCGACACCACGAAGUAACACUCCACGUGUUAAAAGAUUUUUUUUCAGUUUUCAGUUUUUU